AAAAAAAAAAAAAAGAAAAAAAGAAAGAAAGAACGAAACAAAAACGAAACAAACAACAACAAAAGCAAUCCCAACUUCCAAAGUAACAAAAAAAAACCCCAACUAAAAAACAAACAAAAUUUAAAACAUUUGUGUUCUUCAUAAUACAUAAAUAAUAAUACACAGACACACACACACAUACAUACAUAUACACAUACACAUACAUACACACACACAUACACGCACCUAAGUACGUAUGUAUAAACGCACACAUGUACAUCUACACACACAUAUAUAUAUUUACACGCGUACGUAUCCAUACAUAGACGUACAUAUACAACUGCUACUACUACUACUACUACUACAACUGCUGCUACUACUACUACUACUACUACUACUACUACUACUACUACUACUACUACUACUACCACCACUACUACUACUACUACUAAAUUAAACGAUGGAUCCUAAAUAUGAGCUGGUGGAAGUGGAAACUUCGGCAGGAAUUGAAACUACAGCCUCCGAUUCGGAACAGUCGCGGCUUGGCACUGACAAGCAAGAAGCAACGGCAGCAUCAUCACCAUCAUCAUCACUCACAACAUUAGCAACACAACCACCGACGCCUCCGCUGCCACCCCAACCUCCAGAUUUACAACACGAACGACCACCGCACGAAGCGCCGGUGUCAUCGCCACCAGCACCAUCAUCAUCACCAUCGUCGACAGCAAGGAAUGGCUUAACCCACAACAACAACAACAACAACAACGUCGCCUCAUCCGAUGGUGGUGGUGGUGGUGGUGAGAUCGAUUCAGGAAGAGAAACAAGAGCCGAAGAAGAAGAAGGAGAAGGAGGAGGAGGAGAGGUUGAAGAAAGUGUAAGGGAGGAGAAGCUAGCGUCGGAAACGGCGAAACUCAUCAACAAAGACAGUCUUAACACAGACAUCAAUCGUUUCGCACAUAAAGAUGCCAGCAAUGGCGGUGGAGACGAUGGCUGGGAUCCGGAAUCGAAACUGGUCGGAGAUCAGGAAGUCGAGAUCGUUAUCGAACAGCAACAUAAUGAUUUAAUUUACAAAGUAUCCGACUGCCCUCCUUGGUACCUCACUCUCUUUUACGCCUUUCAGCAAUCCCUGACUCCGGUCUCUGGCAACUUGUCCAUAGCCAUCCUUAUUGCCGAUUUUGUAUGCGGAGAAGACGAUGAAGUUCUAAAGACGAAACUGAUAUGUACAGCCAUGUUUAUGAGUGGAUUGAGUACCUUUCUGCAGAACACGAUUGGCGUUAGGUAUGUUGAAUCUUACAAGAUCUUCUUCUACAACUAA